AUGCUGAAGAGUCCGUCAGACCCACAGAGCUAUUUAGUACCUGGGAGCUUUCAAUCUGCUUUACCUGAACCCAAAACAAAAGCAGUGAUAGGUGAAAGGUAUUCUGAAGUAUCAAUAGCUGUUGCACGAGUUCUUGCUCUGUCAUCAGUUGCCCAGAUAAGCUAUGCCUCGACUAGUGAGCUGCUCAGCAGGAAGUUAAAGUUCCCCACUUUUCUGCGAACAAUACCGAGUGAUGAGUAUCAGACAAAGGCCAUUGCAGAGCUAGUGAAGUGGUUUAAUUGGAAAACAGUUGUCAUUGUAGGAAGUGAUGAUGAAUACGGGAAGUACGGCAGUGACAAUCUUGUGAACAUCUUCAAUGAAAUGGAUACCUGCAUCGACUUCAUUGACAUCCUGCCUGGUGACUUUUCCCAAACCCAUUCCAGACUGGCUGAGUUGGUGAGCAAUAUCAAUAAGUCCUCUGCUGAAGCCAUCAUCAUAUUCACCAAGGAAUCAAAUGUUGCCAUCAUCAUUGAAGCAGCUAUUAAACACAACCUCAACAAAACUUGGAUUGCGAGUGAUACAUGGUCUGCCUCUACAAAAAUCUCUACACUGCCAGGCAUUAAGAUGGCCGGGGAGGUUUUAGGAUUCAUCUCCAAGAGAUAUGAGGUGCCUGGUUAUAAAGACUAUGUCAACUCAAUGUUCAACAGGACCACAAACGCCAUUCUUGAACAUUUCCUAACUCAGUAUCCACCUUGCUCUAAUCAAUCUGACAAGAACAAAGAAAGGGAUUGCUCACUAACAAACAGUCUUCAGGGGUCCCAGCAAUGUCUGGACCCAAGCUGCUUGGUCAGCUACAUUGACCAGGAUCAAACGUACAAUAUCUACCUAGCUGUUCAAGUCAUAGCUGAGGGUCUCAGGCACUUGCUAAAGUGUGGCAGCCACCAGUGUGAACGUAGCACCAACUUUACAGCCUUGGAGCUUCUCAAGGAAAUCAAGAAAGUCAACCUCUCUGUGAACACCACGCCUAUAGUCUUUGACCCCAAUGGAGACCCAACAAGCUUAGGAUACGAUAUUGUGUAUUGGAACAUGAGUGAAUCGAAACAGCUCACACAAAUACAAACCAUUGGAGAAUACUGGCCUAAUGGAAAAAUGAAAGUCCCAGAUGAUCGUUUUAAAAAUAUGAUGGUAAUGGUUCACAACUGCUCGAAAAUGUGUAAACCAGGGCAGGAGUUGAAGAGGCAAAGAAAACAGUGCUGUGGUGAUUGUGUUCCUUGUGCGGAUGGAGAGUUUUCUGCAGGAAAUGGUGAGGAGUGUAAACGCUGUGACCCUGAGAAGUAUUCUACUCCACAGAGGGAUAGGUGUUUGGAUAAAACUGCUGAAUACCUCGAGUGGUCGGAUCCCUUCGUUAUCUUCUUGAGUUGCUUGGAAGUCCUUGGUAUAAUUGUUACCAUUGUCCUUGCUAUUUUGUUCACAGUCUAUCGAAACACUCCCAUUGUGAAAGCUGUUGGAGGUUACUUGUGCUUCUUGGAGCUUUUUUCACUACUGGCUUGCUUCUGCCUCACAUUUAGCUUUGCGGGAGUACCCACUGCUGCUUCUUGCAUGGUAGGCCUCCCACUUUUUGGCAUCGUCUUCUCCCUCUGCAUCUCCUGCAUCCUGGCCAACCUGCUGCAAAUCUUAGCGGGCUUUAGCUUUAAUUUGACGACAGGGUCCUGGAUUAAGAAGCUCAAUCAGCCAGUGCUAGUGGUGACCAUCGUCUCUGGGAUCCAGCUGGCGCUGUGUGUGCCAUGGAUGCUUUUUUUCCCACCAUAUCCUACUGAAUCAAAAUCAAGCAAGACUGUCCUGAAGCUGUGUGACAAAGGCUCCAUUGGCUUCUUUAUCGCCAUGUUAGGCUACAACGCUUUCUUGGCCCUCAUUUGUUUCCUGUUUGCAUUCAAAGGCAAACAGUUGCCAGAUCUGUAUAAAAAUGCAAGUUUAGUCACCGUCAGUAUGCUGCUCUUUUUAAUCGUUUGGAUUUUCUUCAUCCCGAUCUAUAUAGAAAUGUUUGGGAAGUACAAACGAGCCAUUGAAAGCACAGCCAUUCUCAUUUCUAGCUACAGCAUCCUGGGCUGUCACUUGGCCCCAAAGUGUUACAUUAUGGUGUUCAGGAAAAAGAUCAAUAAUGAGAGCGCCAUUACUGCGUACAUCAGGAGGCAUUAUGAGCAGAGGAGCAUGCCUGUGGUGACAUCAUAA